AUGCCCGGAUUCAAUAUCGACCGGUUCGCCGAUUUGGCGCCCGGCGUUCUCGCGGAGUACACGUGUAGUAUAUGUCGCCAAAUACUGGACACUCCGGUGACCACAACCUGUUGUUUACGGGCUUUCUGUGAAGACUGUAUCAAUGAAUGGCUUCAGACCAACACUACCUGUCCCUGCGAUGGCCAGCCAUUAACAGCGAAUCAAUUGUUACCAACACCAAAAAUGAUGGUGAACACAUUGGACCGGUUUAUAAUUUGCUGCGACUAUUGGGAAGACGGGUGCCGUGAAAUGGUGCCACUCAAGGACUUAAAAGAGCAUACAGUCGACUGUCGCUAUAAGGAUAUUAAAUGCUCGAGAUGUCAGUGCGUGAAGACAUGGAAACACGACUGUAUCAAAGCAUUACAGGCUAUGAAUCGUAACGCAGAGACAGAGUUACGGACAUUACGUAUGGCUAGGGAUCGGCAAAAUCACCAGAUACUGGCCCAAUGUAGACAACACUUGUGUGCACCGGAGCUGUUGGCCAACAAAAUGAGCGCCGAUAUGACCGACAAAACACUGGCCAUAAUUAGGCAACAGUUGACCGAACAGAACAGUCUAUACCUCGUGUGUCAACAUGUGGUCAAUCAAAUGGAGCUCGAGUUUGGCAGCCAAUGGCACUGUUGGGCUGACCGGCGCCCCGGAAGUAGCACA